AAAAUAAUUGUGUUUAACUUAAUUAAUUUUCUUAAAAAUAUUAUAUUUAUAAAAAAAUUUAAUUAUACAAAUUUUUUUUUAAUCAAAAAUAAUUCUUUGGAGAAAGGAAUAUAUAGAAAUAGAUUCUGCAUUAUAAAUAUAGAAGAUUUGAUAUGAAAAAAUAUCUUCCACAAUCCAGCAAUAAUCGAAACCCAGCUAGCGAUCAUCCUAAUAAUGAAGGAACAAUCAACACCAAAGUGAAAAGGCCUAAUAUUUUAGAUCAGUGUCCUACAUUAAACAUAUUCCAUAAAAACUGCAAAUCAUAUCAAUCUACCAACGAAAUUACAAAUAAUAUUAUGGAUUUAGAUACCGGUUCAAUCUGCGAUUCGAACUCAUCUCGAGAAGCUCAAUUUACCCAAAAUCAUUUUAAAACAACCAACCAAACAAAUAAUCCAAAAGAAUCCAUGAUUUAUGAAAAAAGAAUUUUGACUGAUUCGGAAUACGCUAGAAUCAAGUAUAGUAAAAAGAAUGAACUUUGCGAUGAUGAUAAAACUGAUAAUAGCGGCAAAUGCCAUAAUAUACUCAAGUUCUCGAUCAUAUUUGGAACUUUGUGUUUGGCCCUAGUAACGGCUUCUAUGAUAUUUAUCAGGCUCAACAAAAUAGCUGGAAAAAUGAUCAAAAUUAAUAAUGAGGAAGAUUACACAUUAACACCAGAAGGAAAUAUUAUAAACAACAAUUGGGCCAUGUUUGAUAGUUCUCAAGAAUCGCUAAAUUCAGAUUUAAAUCCUCUUGUAAUAGCAUCCACGCCACCAGUGGACUCCAUUUUCAACAUAGACGAUAGUGAUGAUAGUAAUUUUAAUGAAUAUAAUAAGAAUCAAACUACAAAAUUUUCCGAAACUAAAGUAGUAACUCGGCGAAUAGGAGGGUUUUAUAAGUUAGACGCCAUGAAAAAGCUGAUGCUAAAAGAAGAGGAGAUAUCUGAAAUGAUGAAAAUAUUAUCUGCUCUUCAGAAUAGAUAUGACAAACUAUCUAAGGAAAGAAUAGAUAAUCAACAGGGAAUUGAUGCCAUUAACUCUAAUCAACAAUUAGAAAAAUAUCAUGAGUUACUCAGUAACUCUUCUACAGCAAACAGUAUAGGAUUAAUGCAAGUCCCAGAUGAGAAUCUCCCAAAUGUAUUUCAAUACUACAAAGCGAAUUAUCAAAAUAAAAAUAAACGAAUAAAUGAUAAUAAUAAUGACAAUAAUAUGACUUCUCAGGAUGAAAAAAUUAAGAAAUUGGUCAAACGAACAAAAAGACAACUAUACAAUGAUUUUGGCUCGUUCCGGGAUGAAAUCAAAGGCGUAAGAGAUGGAGGUAGACAGGGGCCCUUCCCUCGUUCUGGUGGAACGGGACAAUCUGAUAAUGGCUUUGGCGAAGUACCUAGAAACGAUAAUGGCGAUGUUGUUUCUUUGGGAGGCGAUUCAGAUGAAACAUGCCCAUGUAGGCCUGCCCCCUCAGGUCCACCAGGGGACUCCGGAAAAGAAGGAACGCCUGGCGAACAAGGCCAACGCGGGCCUCCCGGAAAGCCCGGAGAAGUAGGGCAAGUCGGUCUAGAUGGUAUUCCAGGGAAACCUGGACCUAGGGGCCCACCAGGACCUUCGGGAAAACCGGGCACCUCUAGUGGAAGACCUGGAAAAGAUGGGCCACCAGGACUGCAAGGAAAAGAUGGUUUCCCAGGGAGAGAUGGGCAGCCGGGUAGAAACGGCAAUAAGGGAAAAGCAGGUCAACCUGGAAUAGCAGGAAGAGAUGGAGAACCUGGAGAAGAUGGCCUACCAGGAAAAGAUGGUCAAGAUGGCAAACCAGGAUUAAAUGGAUCACCGGGACCUAUGGGACCUCCAGGUAAUCCUGGAUUUAGGGGUAGAGACGGUUCUCCAGGUUCUCCCGGCCGCGUGGGCAACGAUGGCAGAGAUGGUUCUCCAGGCUCUCCAGGUAAGGAUGGGCAACCUGGGUUAGACGGGCCACCGGGACCCACGGGGGAACCGGGACCAGAUGGAAAAAAUGGAAAUCCAGGUGGAGCAGGGAAUGAUGGCCAGCCAGGGAGAGAUGGACAACCAGGCCGGGAUGGGUCGCCGGGAAGAUUAGGACCUCCUGGAAUUCCGGGUGUUCCAGGUAAAGAUGGAAAUUCCGGUUCUGAUGGCAUUCCAGGAGAGCCAGGCACCGAUGGAAUACCGGGUUCAUCAGGGAUAGACGGAUCCCCUGGAAAUGAUGGAAUACCCGGUCCAGCCGGUCCCCCUGGAAAAGAUGGAUUAGAUGGUGAAAAUGGUUUAGACGGAAAUCCAGGAAAAGAUGGAGAUGAUGGCUUAGGUGGAAAAGAUGGACAGCCGGGAAGUCCGGGAGACUUAGGAGAUCAAGGAAACCCCGGAAAAGAUGGUAUAGAUGGCAGACCUGGAAACUCAGGAAUAGAUAAAACAGAUGGGCAUUAUGGAAUACCGGGGAAAGAUGGUCAGCCAGGGCCACCUGGUCCACCUGGACCGGAAGGUGAAAAGGGGCCUGAAGGAAGGCCAGGUAGGCCAGGUGGAAAUGGAAAAGAUGGUCCAGCUGGCCCUAAAGGAGAAAGGGGAGACCAAGGAAUACCCGGUUACCCAGGCAGAAGGGGUCGGGCGGGAAAAAACGGGGGAAUAGGAAGCAGAGGUGUUAGGGGAACUCCGGGUGAUGUGGGCUUUCCCGGUAACAUGGGUUCCCAAGGGGAAAGAGGUCCUGAUGGGGAAGCCGGACCUGCUGGUGAACCUGGACCUGUAGGUGAGCAAGGCCAUCCUGGCCCACCUGGAACAGGAGGAAGUCUAGGAGAACCAGCCACCUGCGGGCAGUGCUCUGCCCCUCAAAUUGAUGAGUUGGAAGAUAUAGGAGGUACGUCGUACGUUAGGUGGGGAUCCAGUACAUGUCCACCCAGGGCUAGUAUACUUUAUUCAGGAUAUGUAGCCGGUGGUCACUAUUUGUUCCCUGGUAGUGGAGCCAAUUAUCUAUGUCUGCCCAUCACUCCCCAAUUCGACAAAAUAAUUCAAGGCGUUCAAUCGAUGUCUUUUAUAUAUGGAGCUGAAUAUAGAGUCUAUCCGAUGGCUAACCCCUUUGUCACUAAAGGUAUCAAACAAAAACCGGCCGUUUGUGCUAUGUGUUAUCUACCUAAGGUGGCAGUUUCAGUCAUGAUCCCAGCUAAAAUAAAUUGCCCGCCACAAUGGGAUGUCGAAUAUUCUGGGUUUAUAAUGUCCUUGAACAAUCAGUUUGCUCGUUCUGAAUACAUUUGUGUGGAUAGUGAUGGCGAAAUAUCUCAUCACAAUCGAGGUAAGGAAAAGACAAUCAAAGGAGAUGGUUCAGCUCUUUACGUAGUGCAAUCUAUUUGCAGUAAUGGAAUUUUGAAUUGCGACAAUUAUCCAGCCGAUAAAGUAAUCAAUUGCGUUGUUUGUUCGCGUUAAACGUGUUUCGGUAGGGGAAAAGAACGAAGAUAAAUAGGAUGAAGAAAAAGGGAAAAGUUAGAUAAACGAUAUAUUUAAAGCAUUUUUUCAAAUUUCAACGCUUUUAUAAUAAUUAUACUAUUACUUUUACUUUUAUUUUUAUUCUUUCUCUUUAGAAAAAUAUUAGAUUAAUUUUAAAAAAUAUAUACUUACUAUAAUUAAUUAUAUAUAAAAAUUAAUGAUUUUGUCCCUUUUUUAUAUUUAUUUACGUGAAAUUUGUAUCUUAUUUUUCAUAAACCAAUAUUUCCUAAUAACAUUUAAAUUUUUAUUAUUUUCUUAUUUUCAUAAUUUAAUCAUUUUUUUUUAAAUCCUAGAGCUGCAACCUAACUUUUUUA